GUGUCGAGGAUAGGCACCAGUGCUAUUUGUAGUACGUUUUCUUAAUCUUAAAUUAGCUCACAAUUUGUGCACCUGGACAAUUUGCUAGCAAAAUAGAAACAGGUGUGGUGGCACCAACCACCAUGGCCAGCUGCUGCUGGGCAGCAUGGCAACAGGAGUAGAGUAGAGUACUCCCAUGGAUGGGAGACUGCAAUGCAACAACAGAAAGAGUCAGGAAAAGCACCAUUUUGAGCCAAAAAGUGAGACCUCCAUUUUCAUUCAAUCUUCCAACAUACUACGGCGACUUCUCCUUCCCUUCCAGCCGUACCUCCUGCGCAAAACACUCCUCCAGCUUCAACCUCCCUCAUUGUCACCAGUACACAACACAAAUAACACCAUAAGCGAAAGCGCUCCUCCAAGACACACCUCCAUGGUCAAAAAGGCAACAACGAGGAAAGCAUCCUCAUUCUUCCAUGCUCUUCCACGCGACCUUCUUUGACACCAUAAGUGACCUCCACUGACACACCCGAAGCAACUGUCAACCUCCGUACAGUAUCCUCCAUACAAAAAGGUGAUGUUCUGACUGACACAUUGACUGGUUAUUACACCUACAGCACGUUCCAUACCAAAAUCGGUGACGUUCCGGCUGGAACCUUUACUGGUUACUUGACUGGUAAGAAUGUACAAGCGGCACCCAAUGAUUUAACACGUUUCAGUCUUGCGGGACGUUUUGUGACGUUCCGUGAUGUUUUGUGACCUUCCGCGAUGUUUUCAGAGUGUUCUCGUGACGUUUCAAGUUUCCAGUGAGAACACUAAAGGUCACCUCCACGUUAAUUCCUACGUGGCACCAGUACUGAGCGAGAUUUAAAAGAUUUUCCAUCCUCCUCGAGUCAACUUCCUCCCUCUCAUAAAUCUAAAUUCCAGGAUACCAAACAGGACUUAUUGUUGAGUCGCCCCAGGACACUGCCUCUAUUUAUAAGCGAAUUGUCCACCGGCAACUAAAGACUAUAGGCCCUCUGACACUUAACUCUUCUUUAAGGCAACUAUCUUCUAACCGAUGCGACUCCUGUGCAGCUUCGAAAACGAUUACCGGUACGCAUACCUUGACCGCAACUUCUACCUCUCGCGCGACUGCAAAGGCAAGAAGAUCAGAACCAAGGUAAAGUUCACGACCAAGUCUAGCGAGUACGACCGCGACCAGCUCACCUACAAGGUGACUCGGAACGCAGUAUUGGUAGUGCAGUACUGCAAGUGCCCGACUUGGGAAGAAAACGGAUACUCGAUCGCACGUCCGACAAGGACUGGGCGAAAAUUCUCCCAGGAACUUUCGUCUAUACAGCAGAAGCCUCACGUCCAGGACCGAUUCAUCGUUUUGUUUGCCCCUGAUCACAUCCAUCGUUCAGAAAAACCCGGUGUGAUUUUAAGUGACGGCCAAAAUCCGGGAGUGCCCAAAUAUUCAUUGCAGGACCGCGACGAAAUUUACGGACUAGAGAACAGGUUCUACACUGGUUUGUCCCCACGAGACCUUGACGAUAUUGCCGUUGGAUUGGCUCCAGAUGUCGAUUGGGUCCAGGCAGGUGAAAACCACGAACCCGAAGAACCCGAAACCGAAACCGAAGACGCUCCUGAAGAAGAAGCCCAAGUGAUCGAAGUCGAAGUCAACGAAUCGAAUCCGGAACAGCGUCAAGUGAUUGUGUAUUUGCCUGAUUCCGACUCUGAAUAG